AUGGCCUGGAUUGGCAAUUCCUCCUGGUUUAAUCACCUUGCUCUGCAGGAACAUUUCAGGAGGUACUUAAACAGCACUGAGGAUUAUUUAGCCUUCCUAUGUGGGCCCAAACGCAGCCAUCUGUUCUUGCCUAUGGCUCUGGUGUACUCUGUGAUCUUCGUUGUUGGGGUGAUUGGUAACUUCUUAGUUUGCCUGGUGAUCCUUACUCGCCGGAACAUGAAGACCCCAACCAACUACUAUCUCUUCAGCCUCGCCGUGUCAGACCUGCUCGUGCUACUUUUUGGGAUGCCUCUGGAAGUCUACGAGAUGUGGAGCAACUACCCCUUCUUAUUCGGUCCCAUCGGCUGCUAUUUCAAGACAGCUCUCUUUGAGACGGUGUGCUUUGCCUCCAUCCUCAGCGUCACCACAGUCAGCGUGGAGAGAUACUUUGCCAUCCUCCAUCCCUUCCGUGCCAAGCUGGAAAGCACUCGCAAGCGUGCCCUGAGGACCAUCGUGGUGCUCUGGGUCCUCUCCAUCCUCUUUGCCCUCCCCAACACAGGCACCCAUGGUAUCAUGCUGCAGUAUUUCCCCAAUGGCACCCUGGUCCCUGGCUCUGCCACCUGCACUGUGGUCGUGCCCAUGUGGAUCUACAACUGGAUUGUCCAGAUUACUUCCUUCCUCUUCUAUGUGCUGCCUAUGGGGGUCAUAAGUGUGCUGUAUUAUCUGAUGGGGCUAAGACUGAAAGGAGACAGAUCUUUGGAAGCAGAGGAAAUGUCCGUGAAUGUUCAGAGGCCAUCCAGAAAAUCAGUCACCAAGAUGUUGUUUGUUCUUGUGAUGGUUUUUGCUGUCUGCUGGGCUCCAUUCCACAUAGAUCGCCUUUUCUUCAGCUUUGUUGUGGAAUGGACUGAGCCUCUGGCUAAUAUAUUCAAUUUAAUUCAUGUGGUGUCAGGUGUUUUCUUCUACCUGAGUUCUGCUGUGAAUCCCAUCAUCUACAACCUGCUGUCCCAGCGCUUCAGGAUGGCGUUCCUCAGCGUCAUCUCCCCUGGCUGCAAGCUCUGGGGCCCUAAGCAUACUGCCAGCAAGACUGCUGCCCAGCAGAGCAUCUUCAUGGUCGAAGACCACAAUCUCGUGGACUCUGCAGAAGACACAAGUGUGCCUGGCACCAACAGGACAUCUGUCAGCAGUUCUCAGCUCUCCACUGGACUGUGAUUUGCCAUGGUCUGAUGCAUCCAAGGGAGGGAAGCUGAAGAAAAUGACUGUGGGAAAUAGAAAGGGAAGACAGCCUCCUGGAAGUUCGAUUUCAGCAAGAGCUUGCAGACUGUUUUGUUGAAUGAAUGAAUGAGGAGGCUGUCAUUAGCAGG